GCUCUUUCGUAUACCCAAUAUCAUUACAGUUUCAUGCUUAAUUAAUAAGUUUUCGGUUUUAAAAAUAUAAAGUUUUUGAAUAAUUUUGUUAACAGUUUAUCAUUUUGCAGUAAAUAAUAAAAUUUUUUGCGAUGUUAUUUUUUUGCAAGUAUAUAGGGUUUAUCUUUACCAUUAAUCCUCAGUGAAGAAUUUAUUACAAAUAUGUUGUGUAUGGGUUCCAGAAUGGCAGACAAAAAGAAGGAAGGUGAACCUGAAGGUGAAGAAGAGUUCUCUGUUGAGAAAGUGCUAGAUCGUCGUGUUCGAAAUGGCAAGGUGGAGUAUUAUUUGAAAUGGAAGGGCUAUAGUGAUGAAGACAAUACUUGGGAGCCAGAAGAGAACCUUGAUUGUCCAGAUCUAAUUCAAGCUUUUGAAGAAGCUAGGAAAAAGAAAGAAGCUGAGGGAAAAGGCAGUAAAACAGAUAAGGAUCCUAAGAAGCGCAAGUCUUCAGCCGCCACACCUGAUCUCAAAGGUGCCAAGAAAAGCAAGAGUGAUGACAAGAAAGCGUCAGGUUUUGAUCGUGGAUUAGAACCUGAAAAAAUUAUUGGUGCAACAGAUAGCAGUGGAGAGUUGAUGUUCCUUAUGAAGUGGCAGGGCACAGAUGAAGCAGACCUGGUACCAGCAAAACAGGCUAAUGUGCGCUGUCCACAAGUUGUAAUACAGUUUUAUGAGGAGCGGCUUACGUGGCACACGCCAGCCCCUGACGAGACCGCCAAUGAAGACUAGGUGUUCCCCUGGCCCAUUAAAAUACGCGGCCGCGAUAUCGGAAUUUUUAUGAAUACUAUAAAUUGUUACUAGAGUAACUGAAAGGAUAUUUUUUUAGUUUUAUCUAUUAGACGUUAUACGUCUGUUAGGACGAAGAUUCGCCAAAAUCGUUACUGAAUUCAUGACGGUUUUUGAGCGAUCUUCUAUGUACAGUACAGGUAUCUUCAUCAAUUUAAGCAUUUAUAUACGGGAUAUAGCAUACAUAAACAGUUACUAACACGUGAUUUAAUAUUUGGUAAAAUAGCUCUAUAUAAAAUUGUCUUUAAAAAAUUGCAAUAGAGUUUCAAUUUAUUGAAUUCUGUGAGAGGUACUAAAAGCACUUGUUAGUAUACAGUCUGGUACCAAAUGAAGUGUACAGGUAACAAAUUAUUCAAUAUGUUGGCAUAAUUUAAUUCCUACAAUGAUCAUUGCAUUGUGUAAAUCCUUAUCUUUAUGUAUAUUUUUGACUGUAUAUAGCCUGUGUAAUUGUUAAUUCGGUAACAUACAGUAUGUACAACAAAAUCUGAGAGAAAUUAAAAAUUAAAUUGUACAAUUGUGAUUGUAAAAAUGUCUAAGGAAUGUAUAGCUUAGUGGUAAUAUUUAAUGACGAUGGUUUAAAUAUUAAAAUUCUUUUUAUAACAAAACUCAUUAAAAAAUAAUCUCAUGGUUGCUUGUAUAGAUAAGAGUUAAGUGUUACUCAGUUUCUCUCUUUAGCUGAGUGAUUUGGUGUAAGAUUAUAUUUAGUUCACUCGAACUAGACAUAGCAAAAGAGAUUAGCGAUCUUAGAUUUCGUAUCUAUUGGCUGACCACGCACUAUAGUCGAAUAAUAAAAACAUAAUAAAAAUGUUUUUACUAAUCACCUAUAGAUUUAAAGUUAAAAAUACGCGUAUUUUUUAUGUUAUAUAAACAGUAUAUUCCUUAGACUAAUAUUUUACACGGUAUAUCAGUUUUCUUUAUUAUAACUAAAUUGUUACAGUUGUGAAAAAAAACCGACAUUGACAUUACUCGGUGCUUGCUCCAACGUGAGGGGUUCAAUGUAAAAAUUACAUAAGAUUCCAUAAAAAUUAAUCAUAACCAAAUUAAUACUACAAUUAAAUAAUUAUAUGGUUGUUUUAGGAAGUGUAAUUCUCUGAUAAAAUGAACUAGUCCUUUCGCGCGAGGUACCUCUAUUAAUUUAAUACGAAAUACAAAAUCAUACGCCACAACUGCUACUUCUGUUUGUAAAGAUUGCUGUAAGUAGUGUUACGUGAAAAAUCACAGAUGGCCGCUGGGUUCGGAUUUAAUCAUGAUUCAUUGCGGCUCUUGAUUAAUUGUUAAAUGACAUCGCAGUUGGUUGAGCAUUUGUGAAGGCUGACUGAGCUGUGAAAAGUUUAUGAAUAUUGAUUUUAUCAAAUUGACCUUCAAAAUCAUAAUUUAUACUUCAUUUUCUAUAGCACAUUAGCAUAUGUGCAAGAGUUGAUAUUCGGUGAUUUUAAAAUUUCACAGACGAUAUCAUUGAGAAGAUUAUAAAUAAUUUCACUAUAUGAUAAAAAAUAGUAGUCUUUCCAUGCCUAGCAGUAAUAAUGCAACUGCCACAGGGACAGCUAACUAUAAUAUGGUGUAAAAAAAAACAACUCUAAUAGAAGCACGUCCCAUUUUUAUUUUCCUCCUCGAAUUUUGUUUAAAAAAAAAUGACAAUCGUAAGGAUAAAUAAACAGUCUAAAACUGAAUCGUGAUUUAAUAGGAUUUGUCAAAUCCGUCCGUAUCCGUAUUCGGAUAUUAGACUAUCAAAUAUAAGCGCUAUAUGGAGAUUAAUUUAUGAAAUUUUACAAGGUUUUGAGUAACUUAGGUUAUUGGCUAGUUAGACAAUUUUUUAUUUAUACAUAAUUCUCCUUAUCAGUUGGUAAACGGAUCUUUUGGUAGACAUGUGUUCGCUACCGUUUGAGUGAGAUAGAAUGAGACGACAACAUCAAGCAUCUUGUUCGUAGAAAAGUAUCUACCGAUAGAUUAGUUUGUUAUAUUUGCCUAGAUGUGCUGCAUUUACGAUUGUAAAAUGUACAUAUGAUCAAAUAUAUUUGACAGUGUAAUAUACCUUUAACCAACUAUUAUAUAAACUGUUUCACUAAAAGCUUAAUCAAGUUUUGUUCAAAUUAUCGCAGAGAUGCUCUUAAUAGUGUAGUCUCGAAAUAGUAACAAAUCAAAACAUUGAAUCAAUUGGUUUUUUAUUUGUAUACUCAGAUUGGAUGUCAGCAGCAGACUACCUAUGGUCAGGUCAACUAUUAGUUUAAAUCCUUAUUAAGUUCUGUUGAAACAAACUAUAUAAACUUAUAUAGCAAUGACCUUAGAGGAUUAAUGUUGUAAAAUUAUAUAAAAGACAUGUCAUAAUAAUUGACGGAUUUGUACUUUUUAGAUGAUUUUUUUAUGAUUCGUAAAAAGGUUAUCAAAUCAUACAUAGAUAAAAAGUAGAAGUAUUAAUUCACGAUUCGUCAAUGUUUAAAUAAAACCUUACAAUACAUGUACACGUUUUUUUUUCUUCCAAGACAAUGCCUUUCCGUGUUGCUAAGAAAUAAAAGGGAAUAAUAUUUUUAGAUUUAUUUUAUAGAAAUUAUAAUUUUCGUUUGUAAUAAGGUUUCGUAUCUAUGUUAGUUGUAUUUUAAGUUGUAAUUGUUAAUUUAAUUACCAAAUCUAUUUUGUGUAAAUUAAUAUAUCUAAUAUUACUUAUUACAAACAAUAAACAAAAAUUGCAAUGGUUUUGUUUUAUUGUUUGUAGUAUUUAAUAUUAGUUUAUUAGGAUAAAUAUCACGCGAUUCAAGACAAGGUUGGUUUUCAUUAUUUUCUUAUUCUAUGAAUUAUUAUACUUAUCUGUAAAACAGUAAUACAACUAGAUAUGCCACAUUUGAAAAGUCUUGAAAUAUUAUUUGGUGUACUAUUAUUAGAUAAAUUCUUUGCGUUUCAUUACAUAAUAUUUUUGUUUGUUUUCUGUAAUUGUAUUUUUGUUGCGACAGUUAUGAAAUAAAAUUAUUGUAGUUAUGAAUCGUUGUGAUACCUACUUACGUGCAAAGGACUAGUGUCUAGAAAGUAAUGCAUUUUAAGUAAGGAAAUCGUAGAAUUCUACUUACUCUACAACUAAGGUUUAUAAUAUCAAUUUUAUCAAAAUAUUUGUGAAAAUAGUUGUGUAAAGAUAGAGACCAGUACCUACGUUCAAAUGAUGUAAAAUGUAAAUUUUAAUGUCAUUCCAAAUCGAAUUUUGACAUAUGCUAAUAAUAAUAAUGUAGCAAUCGUUGGCAUGUCACUUGGCUGACUAUUGUGACAUAUUUCCUAGGAUAAGUGAAUGGGCAAUAAAUGUUUUUGCCAA